ACUCGUCUUCCUUCUCUCACGCACCCAGAAACCGUCCGGCGUGCUCCUCUUUCCGCUUCAGGUGUCAGGCGCCAUCGUCGUUGGCCUCAGCCCGCCGUAACUCUCUCAACUUCAUACUUGAGUUCCUCUCCGCCUUUAGUGUUUCAUUAUCUCCAAAGAUGGCUGUCAUUGACGAUGGUUUGAAGAAGCUCGAGUACCUUUCCUUGGUUUCUAAAGUCUGUUCAGAGCUGGAAACACAUCUAGGCUUUGGGGAUAAAGUUUUAGCUGAGUUCAUAACUGAGAUGGGACGAAACUGUGGGAGUGUGGAUGAAUUUGAUGCCAAAUUAAAGGAAAAUGGUGCUGAGAUGCCUGAUUAUUUUGUCCGCACACUCCUCACUAUCAUUCACGCAAUUCUUCCUCCAAAGCCAAAGUCUGAGGAUGACUCGAUGAUAGAGAGUAAUACUGAAGGUAAGAAGACCAAGUUCAAGGCUUUGUCUAUUGCUGAUAACAGGGAUAGGAUAAAUGAUCUCCAGAAGGAAAUUGAGAUGGAGACCAAAGAAAAGAAAAAAGACCGAGAAGAGUGGGGUGAUGAGCUUGAAGAAGAUAGGCGUAGAGGUAGAGGUAGAGAUAGAGACAGAUAUGGGGAAAGAGAACGAGACAGAGAUAGGGAUAGCGAUAGAAGAGAGAGGGGCAGGGAUAUGUAUGACAGAGGUGAGAGGCGUAGGGAUACUCAUCAUGAUUAUGAUAAGGGAAGUCAUACCGACCGAUCCAAUAAGCCCAGGAGGGAUGGGUAUGAAGAGGAUGUAGAUGGUAGACAAGGUAGUGGUAACAGAAGAGGAGGUGGGGAUCAGCGGAGUGGUCACAAUUCUGAUGAGCCCGAAUUGUAUCAGGUUUAUAAGGGUAGGGUAUCAAAAGUCAUGGACACGGGUUGCUUUGUUCAGUUUAGUGACUUUAGGGGAAAGGAGGGUUUGGUUCAUGUUUCACAAAUGGCAACUCGGCGUAUUGGUAACGCUAAAGAUGUGGUGAAGAGGGAUCAAGAGGUCUAUGUUAAGGUGAUUUCGGUUUCUGGUCAGAAAUUGAGCCUUUCAAUGAGGGAUGUUGAUCAGCAUACCGGAAAGGAUUUGCUUCCAUUGAAGAAGAGCUCAGAGGAUGAUGCUCUUAGGACGAACCCUGCGGUAUCAAAGGAUGAAAGGCCUGUGACAAGGACUGGUCUUUCUGGGAUUAGAAUUGUGGAAGAGAACACUGGUGUCUCUUCUCGUCGGCCAUUAAAGAGAAUGAGCUCGCCGGAGAAGUGGGAAGCCAAACAGUUGAUUGCCUCAGGUGUUUUGGGUGUUACAGAAUAUCCAAUGUAUGAUGAGGAAACAGAGGGGAUGCUUUAUGAAGAAGAGGGCGCUGAGGAAGAACUUGAGAUUGAGCUUAAUGAAGACGAGCCAGCCUUUUUGCAAGGGCAAAGCAGGUAUUCUGUAGAUAUGUCACCUGUGAAAAUCUUUAAGAAUCCAGAGGGGUCCUUAAGCCGUGCUGCGGCACUCCAAUCUGCACUUAUUAAAGAGCGCAGAGAAGUGCGUGAGCAGCAGCAAAGAACCAUGUUGGAUUCAAUCCCAAAGGAUCUGAAUCGUCCUUGGGAAGAUCCAAUGCCAGAGACUGGUGAGAGGCAUCUUGCGCAGGAGCUUAGAGGUGUUGGUUUGUCAGCCUAUGACAUGCCUGAGUGGAAGAAGGAUGCUUUUGGGAAGACUGUCAGUUUUGGGCAGAGAUCAAAGCUCUCACUUCAGGAACAGAGGCAGAGCUUACCCAUCUACAAGCUCAAGAAAGAAUUGGUUCAGGCAGUGCAUGAUAAUCAAGUUCUUGUUGUCAUUGGUGAGACUGGUUCGGGAAAGACAACCCAGGUAACACAAUAUCUUGCAGAAGCAGGUUACACGACAAUGGGUAAGAUCGGGUGUACACAACCACGUAGGGUGGCUGCAACAUCUGUAGCCAAGAGAGUGGCUGAAGAAUUUGGUUGUCGUUUGGGGGAGGAAGUUGGCUAUGCUAUUCGUUUUGAGGAUUGCACUGGCCCUGAAACCGUCAUCAAGUACAUGACUGAUGGUAUGCUUCUUAGGGAGAUUUUGAUUGAUGAGAAUCUCUCUCAGUAUUCUGUGGUCAUGCUUGAUGAAGCUCAUGAGAGGACAAUCCAUACAGAUGUUCUGUUUGGAUUAUUGAAGAAACUUAUCAAGCGGAGACCAGACCUACGUUUGAUCGUCACAUCUGCUACCUUAGAUGCUGAGAAGUUUUCAGGUUAUUUCUUCGACUGUAACAUCUUCACUAUACCGGGUAGAACUUUCCCUGUAGAGAUACUCUACACAAAGCAGCCAGAAAGUGAUUAUCUUGAUGCCUCUCUAAUCACUGUUCUACAGAUUCACUUGACGGAACCAGAAGGGGACAUCCUUCUCUUCUUGACAGGACAGGAAGAAAUUGAUUUCUCAUGCCAGUCACUUUUUGAGAGGAUGAAAGGUCUAGGUAAAAAUGUGCCUGAGUUAAUUAUCUUACCAGUUUAUAGUGCCCUUCCUAGUGAAAUGCAGUCCAGGAUAUUUGAUCCAGCUCCACCUGGGAAGAGGAAAGUAGUUGUGGCUACUAAUAUUGCCGAGGCAUCACUAACCAUCGAUGGGAUAUUUUAUGUAAUUGAUCCUGGAUUUGCAAAGCAAAAUGUUUAUAACCCAAAGCAGGGGCUGGAUUCACUGGUCAUAACCCCAAUUUCACAAGCAUCAGCCAAGCAAAGGGCUGGGCGUGCUGGGCGUACUGGGCCUGGGAAAUGUUACCGCCUCUACACUGAGAGUGCAUACCGCAAUGAGAUGUCCCCCACUUCAGUUCCAGAAAUUCAGAGGAUAAAUCUUGGGUUAACUACGCUUACCAUGAAAGCAAUGGGGAUCAAUGAUCUGCUUUCUUUUGAUUUUAUGGAUCCUCCAUCACCCCAAGCACUUAUUUCUGCUAUGGAACAACUGUACAGUUUAGGAGCACUCGAUGAGGAGGGGCUUCUCACCAAACUGGGUAGGAAAAUGGCUGAGUUUCCUAUUGAUCCGCCACUAUCUAAGAUGCUACUGGCCAGUGUGGACCUUGGAUGCAGUGAUGAGAUCUUGACCAUGAUUGCCAUGAUUCAAACAGGCAAUAUAUUUUAUAGGCCUAGGGAGAAACAAGCCCAGGCUGAUCAGAAGAGAGCCAAAUUUUUCCAGCCAGAGGGAGACCAUCUGACUUUACUUGCAGUGUAUAAGGCUUGGAAAGCUAAGAACUUUUCCGGGCCAUGGUGUUUUGAGAACUUCGUUCAGUCUCGGUCCCUUAGGAGAGCUCAGGAUGUCAGAAAACAGCUUCUAAGCAUCAUGGAUAAGUAUAAGCUGGAUGUUGUGAGUGCUGGAAAGAAUUUUACACAGAUCAGGAAGGCAAUUACAGCAGGAUUUUUCUUCCAUGGUGCUAGAAAGGACCCUCAGGAGGGGUAUAGAACCUUAGUGGAGAACCAGCCAGUUUAUAUCCAUCCAAGCAGUGCGCUUUUUCAGAGACAGCCAGAUUGGAUCAUCUACCAUGAGUUGGUUAUGACUACGAAGGAGUAUAUGCGUGAGGUAACAGUUGUUGAUCCCAAAUGGCUUGUGGAACUAGCACCCAGGUUCUUCAAAGUGGCAGACCCUACUAAGAUGAGUAAGCGUAAGCGUCAAGAGCGUGUUGAACCGCUAUAUGACAGAUACCAUGAACCGAACUCUUGGCGUCUUAGUAAACGACGUGCAUGAUAUGUGUUGUUUUCAAGCAUACAGGGUGAACUUGUUUUGAUUUUGCUUUUAAUGCAAGUGUAAAUGAACUGUAAGAUAACUUCGUCAAAAUCUUAUCCAUUUUGGGGUCGAAGAAGAUAUCGCAGCUUUAGCAGUCUCCAUCUGGCUCUCCAUGUGGAAUCACAUCGCAGUAUUGGAUCGUGUGUUCGGAGUCCUAAAUGCCAAAAUGGAACCCCCUCUGCACAUCCGGGUCAGAAGAAUGAGAAACAAAGGGCCAUCCAUCUCUCUUUAAAGAAGCAGAAAUUCAAUUCCAAAAGGUUCCAGUGUUGUUUCUUUCUUCAGAACUGCUUCUGUUCCCAACUCAUGGAAGUCUUCCAAAACCUUUUGCACCAUAUCAGAUUGGAGAUUGAACAAGGUCUGUCUACUUACAUUAUAAAAAAAGAUUUUAUCCUUUUUCUUCUUAUUUUACAUAUACCUCAUCUUUUUUGGAGGUUUUAUCGUGUAUGUGGUACUAUUCUUGACUUUGGUAUAUCUUUCAUUCUUCUGCUUCUCAAUUAAAGUAUCUGAGAAUACACUUUUUUUAUGGUUGCAACUGUGUUUGAUGGUAGCUUUGUUGGACUGUUGACAUCCUACAGUCCCAAGUCCAGGUUUAUUGUUGUUUCAAUUUCCUGAAGAGGGUAGUAAGGGGAACCAGGGAAUUUGAUUAGACGGAUUUGAGUUUUUUAAGCUCUUUUGUUGAGGAGAUUUCAUGUAUCAUCUGUCUUUUGUCAGUCCUCUUAUCAUAAUUGCUUUUCAAGUGUUGCGCUGAGCUAAUUUAGGGUCUUUUGGGACCUAACUGUACCUGUAGCUAUAAUGUUUAUGGAAAAUGGUCGGCUGGUUAUUUUGUAAUCAGUAUAUACUUCAUAGUGCUUUGUUAUGCUUACAGCAAAGAAUGGAGUACUUAAUUGUUUUAGGUUCCAUAAGUACUGAGAUGCUUAGUGCUUGUUAAGUUAAUAGAGACAUUAUUAGUCAGUAGCUUAUUAGAUACUGUAUCGUUGGUUCACAUGGUAGAGGUGAAACAGUGGUUGAAUCGUUCUGGCUGAUACCAUUGUUUUCUUAUGUUUGGGGGUGGAUAAUCAUGAUGACUCAAUUCACAGUUUCUUUGAAUGGUUUUUAUUUUAUUUGACAUAUGCAUUAAACUUCUGCUAUGUUUGAACUUUGAACGAUUGUGAUAUAGUGUUUUGGUUUGUAUAUUACCUC